AUGGCGCCCUCUGUCAGUUCCUUCUUCCAGGACACCCCUGUGACAGGGAAGGAUGCCGAAGGUUCCAGUUUCUUUGAUACCCUGUCUUCGCAGCCGGCUGAGAAAAGUGGUCUGGAACAGACUGAUGGCAGCUGUGUCUCUGUACAAACCAGCAAGGAGGAGAAAGCAUCCCAGCAAGCAUUGCACUCAACACCACGCCAAAUGUCCCAUGAUGCACUCCUGCACGAGAUAGACCAAGAGCUUCAGAAGGAAGGAAAGGCUGCCCCAAAGCCACAGCCGCCUUCAAAUGAAGAUACUAUAGUCACCCAGGUAUCUACAACAGAAGUCUCCCAAAAUGUAUCCAACUUACAGGAUGUUAAAGAAGAGGUCAAAGAUAGCAGUACUCCAGAGAAGGCACGCGCGAUGUCCGUGGAAACUGCACAAGAAGCCUUUGAGUCAGAAGGAGCAGCCAAUCAGAAAGCGGCAGUAGGCACCACUCAUGGACUGUUCCAGAGCCCACCCCAGGGUGGUCCCUUCGGUGGCUCCAGCGAGGGCGCGUUUCCGGGAGAGGAGGACCCAUUCACAGCCGUCAUCAACAUGAGUGAGAUGGACCGUCGCCAUGAUGCCUGGAUCCCGUCUGAACGUACCAGGAAGACUCUGGUUGCCAUAGCAACCUCUCCACCUGGAACGGUGAUGCUGGAGAAGGACCAGCUGACCAUGCCGGGAAUCAUGGUGGACGAGUCACAGGGUGACCCUAUCCAGGACCUGAUGAAGAAAAGCCUUGGUGAGCAGGAGGCCUCCAAGAGACAGAGCCUGUCUGUGGACAGUGUGUCACACAAUGAACAGGGGCUCAAGCACCUCAUUGUGACAGGGAACCUGCGGGCAGCAGUAGACAUGACAGGUCGCCUGCUGGCCCAGUCAGGACAGGGCAUGGGGAUGGCAGGACAGCUGUCAAGACACACUCCACACAGUCUACAGCUGUGGUUCACCCGUAUUGCCCUGCUGGUUCGUCUGCGGAUGUUCUCCACUGCAGAGGCUGAACUGGAGGCAUUCAGUGGUCUGGACCAACCAGACCUGUACUACGAGUUUUAUCCUGACACAUACAAAGGGAGAAGAGGAAGAACGACCAUGGAUCAGGACAACAAAACAUCAUCAUCGCUGGAACUUCCUGCCAGUCUGGACCCUAAUGAGUCGAUAGACCUGGGGAAUGGAUCACCUGACGCAGACACACCUGUACAGGAAGAGACAGGUGUGCUGCAGACUCCAUCCUCCGAGUUUGGAACACCUGAACUAGACACGCCCAGUUCAGCAGAUGGCACAGGACAAGGUGUCAAAGACAGUUUGGAGCGGAAAAGUGUUACCUCAGACACAGAAGUUGCCUCGACGGGCCAGAUGAGCGAUAUCCCUGGGAACCUAGAAGAGGUCGCCAUUGAUUUUGACUCCCCACCAGACACAGAAGGUGAUGGACUUGAUGAACUUCAACCAUCUUCCAGCGUGGAAACAUUUCCCUCACCCACCGAUGUCGACAACCGGAUGGCCCCCACCCCAGAAGUGGAGGUAGCUGGCGAUGUAGAUCUCACCAGUUUGAACCAGCUUGAAGUGACUGAAAGUAACCCAGACCAGUUUGAUCAGGUCAUGGCUAGUUUUGACCAGAAGAAACUGGAUCCUCUGGGAUUACAGCAGCCCCCGUUUGACAUGGGGCUGCCAGUCAAGCCUUCGGAGCCAGCCCUGUUUAAGUCAGUGCAGUCGGGCGUGGACCUGGCAAAGUUUGACAUCCAGCAAGCUCUGUCCGAGGAACAGACUGGAGGUCAAGAGGUCAGGGGUCAGGAGGAGGAUAGCACAUAUGACGGAAUUGAGAUUCCCAGUAAGCACAGCCACGGUGGUAAGGGGGAUGGCGCAACCCCACCAGCAACCUAUGAUAAUGAAGGUUUCCUUCUCCAAGAGGUUGGCAGCCCCCGUGAGGAGACACAGGUUGUCAUCCAUGUGUUUAAUGAACAGCAGGGUGACACAAAGAAGGACAGUGCAAUGGCGCCCUCUGUCAGUUCCUUCUUCCAGGACACCCCUGUGACAGGGAAGGAUGCCGAAGGUUCCAGUUUCUUUGAUACCCUGUCUUCGCAGCCGGCUGAGAAAAGUGGUCUGGAACAGACUGAUGGCAGCUGUGUCUCUGUACAAACCAGCAAGGAGGAGAAAAAAGCAUCCCAGCAAGCAUUGCACACAACACCACGCCAGAUGUCCCAUGAUGCACUCCUGCAUGAGAUAGACCAAGAGCUUCAGAAGGAAGGAAAGGCUGCCCCAAAGCCACAGACGUCAUCUGCUGAAGAUACUGUAGUCACCCAGGUAUCUACAACAGAAGUCUCCCAAAAUGUAUCCAACUUACAGGAUGUUAAAGAAGAGGUCCAAGAUAGCAGUACUCCAGAUAAGGCACGUGCGAUGUCCGUGGAAACUGCACAAGAAGCCUUUGAAUCAGAAGGAGCAGCCAAUCAGAAAGCGGCGGUAGGCACCACUCAUGGACUGUUCCAGAGCGCAUCCCAGGGUGGUCCCUUCGGUGGCUCAAGCGAGGGCGCGUUUCCGGGAGAGGAGGACCCGUUCACAGCCGUCAUCAACAUGAGCGAGAUGGACCGUCGCCAUGAUGCCUGGAUCCCGUCUGAACGUACCAGGAAGACUCUGGUUGCCAUAGCAACCUCUCCACCUGGAACGGUAAUGCUGGAGAAGGACCAGCUAACCAUGCCGGGAAUCAUGGUGGACGAGUCACAGGGUGACCCUAUCCAGGACCUGAUGAAGAAAAGCCUUGGUGAGCAGGAAGCUUCCAAGAGACAGAGCCUGUCUGUGGACAGUGUGUCACACAAUGAACAGGGACUCAAGCACCUCAUUGUGACAGGGAACCUGCGGGCGGCAGUAGACAUGACAGGUCGCCUGCUGGCCCAGUCAGGACAGGGCAUGGGGAUGGCAGGACAGCUGUCAAGACACACUCCACACAGUCUACAGCUGUGGUUCACCCGUAUUGCCCUGCUGGUUCGUCUGCGGAUGUUCUCCACUGCAGAGGCUGAGCUGGAGGCAUUCAGUGGUCUGGACCAACCAGACCUGUACUACGAGUUUUAUCCUGACACAUACAAAGGGAGAAGAGGCACCAUGGUCCCAUUCCACUUCAGAGUUCUCCAUGCCGAGCUGCCGCAGUACCUGGGCAAACCACAUGAGGCGCUUGACAGACUCUACCACCUGCUCGGCACCUGUAACCAGAUCGUGACUAACCUGGAAAAGGGCGUGGCGGAAGAUGGAAGCAUGUUGGUUUUAUCACCUGAGAACAGGACAGCAUCCUCCGAGCUGUGGAAGUCCCGGGAAGUGAGGGUCCAGUUUUCUAUCACAAACUGUGCUGUGGUGUUGAAGGAUUUUAAUUUGGCCUAUGAGACAAUGGACACCAUACUGUCUCGAGAAGUGGGAGAUACACCUCAGAUUCUUAGUGCAAUGGGCAGGAUCAAACUACAGCUAGGAGAUGUAAAAGGGGCCCAGCAGUGCUUUGAGAAGGCCGAGCCACUUCUGGAAGGUGAAGCAGAUGGAGAGGCUGUCAAAAUUACCAACAAAGCAUUCCUAGCCCUGGGCCAGGGGUCCUUUGCAGAGUCCUGCCAACUAUUUGAACAGGUCUACAAGUUACAACCAGACAAUGGAGUGGCAAUCAACAACACAGCAGUGUGUCAGCUGUACUUGGGGAACCUUAAGGAGGCCCUGAAGAUGCUGGAAAGUGUGGUGCAGGAAGACCCCAACCGCUUCCUUCAAGAAGGUCUCCUCUUCAACCUCUGUACGAUGUACGAACUGGAGUCCUCGCGGGCCCUGGCCAAGAAACACACCAUGCUAGACUUGACUAGGCUUAGCCACUCCAGUCUCUACUCCGAUGAAGGAUCUGUCCAGCGGGACGCAAGUCAGCCCCCUUCCGCAGGGGCAGCUCCCGAAGCCGUGGGGCCUCCAGAAAGGGUACGGCUCGAAGUUGCUCCCGACGUGGCACAGGUCCCCGGAGCCCCCGGCCGUCUUGCACUGCGGGGCGGCUCUGGAGAGCAGGGAGGAGAAGACACAGCACGCCCCGUACCCAUCCAUUCUCCGCAUGCACUGAAGGUCAUUGCUGCAGACCGGGCCCUAAGAACACAACAACACAAUGUAGCGUCAAUAGUCUAG